GAUGUUGAACUGACAAGACAAAGUGUUGUGUACAUGUCGCAGAUUGUUUCAUAUUUUAUGAACCGCGACGCAACAUGCACUUUAAACCCAUUCAAAAUGUAGCCUAUUCAACGAUGAGAGGCUCUUUAAAUCUAUUUACAGAUGCUAAAUGGGCUCGGGUUAGACCGACAGCCACACAAUAAGACUCCGGGGAACUUUUGCGGAAUUCCAAACACACAAUAAUGAGAAUAACGCCAACUUUUUUCGCGUUCAAAGGCGCUUGUUUGACCUGUUGGCUUUAAAAAUCGAUAUUCAGCGCUCAAACCAUGAGAGGCAGAGAAAAGGAGAGAGAGAACAAGACGCAAAUGUACACUGGGCGUGCGCUUUCGAGUGAGGGAGAACGCCACGCAACACGGUUUCUUUUUUAAACACCAAACGGGCGCGGUAAUGAGGGCAUUAGGCGCGAACGCCAGCUGACAGAAGUUGCCGCCGUUCCCGCACCAACUUUUCACCUCCGAAACCCGCGAAUGGAUGUGCACUUCACUAAUGAUAAGGACUUGGAGAGCUGAGCCGCCUUGGUUGCCUUGAUAACUCGCAGAGAGCAGCGCUGGCGUAUUGUUGCAGUCAGUUUGAAAGCACCUGCGUCCAGUUGUUGUUUCCCGCUCGGAUGUUUUCCGCUCGCUGAUUUUGUCCGGUUUAUGUUUGCUCAACGGGACUAGUGUUCUCCCGGAACGAAGAGGUGCGAUGAGGCUGCUCUGCUGGAGCUUUCUGCUGCUUAUCCAAUGGAUCCUGAGAAAGGUUGACGGUCUGGAGAAGCAGGUGGGUCGGUCUCUAGAUUAUGUGGAUCCGGGAUCAACAGGUAGCGUUUUCAAGAGCGUCCCGUACGGCGGACUGAAGCCCCCCACACACACCUCCCGAAUAUUCCCCCCUGUCGACCACAAGCCCAAACCACCACCACCCGGCUUCAGCUUCCACAACCCGUACGAGUGGGCACGCAACCAGACGCACCUGCCGGACCAGAGUGGCUACCGGCCCAAACGCAAGCCCACCCUCAAGACCUCCAUGAAGACCAAGAAGAUCUUCGGCUGGGGCGACUUCUACUUCAACGUCAAGACGCUCAAAUUCAGCCUCCUGGUGACCGGGAAGAUCGUGGACCACAUCAACGGGACGUUCACCGUUUACUUCAGGCACAACUCGUCCAGUCUGGGGAACGUUUCGGUCAGCAUCGUCCCGCCCACCAAAAUCGUAGAGUUCGAAAUUCAAAACCCCUUGCAUCCUGAGAUCCAGUUCCACCCGCCGCAACAAUCCACCAUCGACCCCAAGGACAUCAAGACCUUUAACUGCCGUGUGGAGUACGAGAAGACGGACCGCUCCAAAAAGCCCAAGCCCUGCCUGUACGACCCGUCGCAGACCUGCUUCACGGAGAACACACAGUCACACUCGUCCUGGCUCUGCGCAAAACCCUUUAAGGUCAUCUGCAUCUUCAUCUCCUUCUUCAGCAUCGAUUAUAAGCUGGUGCAGAAGGUCUGCCCGGACUACAACUUUCAGAGCGAACACCCGUACUUCGGCUGAGUCCUUGAUUCGUGUGUAUAUAGCAGGAUGGAGUCUGUGGAUUUAUCGCCUCGUCUGUUCCUGUCUGUUGGACUGCUGAGGUCUUUGCGCAUUCAAGUCUGAAAUUUUCCUGCAUUUUUCUUUUCUCCAUAUUUUAUUCCAUCUGAUGCAUAUUCGGGGAUGAAUCAAGUCAGUCAUGAUGCGUUUGUUCUCAUUCGGUCUUCUCGAUUGGUCAGAAUUAAUCUGCAGAAACAUUUCACGGCAACUGCUGGAGUUAAAACAAAGAUUACAGGUCAAUUAGACCUAAUGAGAGGUCUUCAUGGGUCCACUGAGGUCUGAAAAAUAAGUGUGGUUUAUUUAUAAACUAAUUUCGAGAGGAUCACGUGCUUAUGAUCAACACAUCUGGCAUAUCAUUAGCUCCGUAAUCUGCCCUAUUAGAUGAUUAGGGAAGCAAUAUAAAUAACCAGAGUUUUUCACUCCAGUUAUCUUCAUCUUGAAGCUUCCACUCCUACUUUCCACCCUUUUUUCUGAUAGGUCGACACGGUGGACCAGUGGCUAGCACUGUUGCCUCACAGCAAGAACACCGCUGGUCCAACCUCCUAUCAGGCCGGUUGACAUUUCUGAGCCGAGUUUCCAUGUUCUCCCCUUAUACGCGUGGGUUUCCCCCGGGUUCCCCACUUUCCUCCCACCAUCCAAAACAACACACCAUGGCCAACAACUAAACCAAAUUAUCACCCAAGAGAACUUUAGUUUACACUUCUCACAAGGAGACAAGCAGGGGAGUUCUCGAGAACCUACCUGCUCCAACUCCUCUCUCGCCCUUCUAACUGGAGGGAGCCUUGGGCUUGUGGAUAUUAUGAGCUCAGGGCUCUCUCCCGGGACAGCAUGCCAAUUAGGCUUUAUUGAUUAUCAGCUAAGUGUCAACUCUUGAAAUGUCCAAUUUGUGACAAUGGUCUUCUCAAAUGGUCAAAACUAAUGUGCAGAAAGAUUAAAUGGCAACUCCUGGAAUUAAAACAAAGGUUGAAGAUUACUUAGACUAAAUUACAGCUCUUCAUGGGUCCAUGACGUCUGAAAAUGAAAUGUCCAAUAAAGUAAAAACAAAUCGUG